UCGGUGGUGGACAAAUAACUCCUCACAACAGCGCUUGGACAUUGCAUGGGGGAUGCACCUGUACGAGCACGGUGCUCCCUUCAACUAUGUGACAAGGGAGAAGACUCAUGAACUGCAUGACCUUUACUUGGAGUUGGGGGAGAAGAGGCAGCGUGUGAAGAUGCCGAGUCGUAUGCAGAUGGCCACGGUCGUGCUUGACAUUGGGUACGAACAGACGCAGGAGGCAAUGAAGCCGCUGAUGGAGUGCUGGGACAUCAGUGGCUGCACUUUGAUCACAGACGGGUGCACAGAUCGUAAGUUCCGCCCCGUCAUGAACUUCAUUGCUGCUGGGGAGAGCGGGGCAGUGAUGCUGAAGGUAGUUGGCAUGUCGAAGAGGAAGAAGAAUGCAGUUUCGCUGGCGAAGUUGUGGGAAGGGGUGAUUCGAGAGAUUGGGGUGCAUAGAGUCAACGCUUUGUGUACGGACAAUGCAGAGGUGAACAAGCAUGCAGCUAGAAUUUUGAGGAGGAGAACGGACGUGAAUAUUUCACGGAUUCCUUGGGUGUUGUGUGCUGCUCAUUGUUUGAACCUGCUCCUGAAGGGGAUCUGUGAAGAGUCGUGGGUGCGAGAACUGCACAAGAGGGGAAAGACGAUCGUGAACUGUAUCAAAAAUCACCACAAGACAGCGCAGUUGUUCAAGGACUGUUCGGAGAUGGAACGCAGCAGGACGCUUACCAUGCCGACGGAAGUUCGUUUUGCUUCCGUCUACAUGAUGUUGGAGAGGCUGCUCGACCGCAAGAAGGUGUUGAAGGCGAUGAUGGAGGAAGGGUGGCUUGACAUCAAAUGGGCUGCCAUGAAGAAGCGUGAGAUAGCUCAAACGGUGUAUCUGACAGUCCGGUCAGAGGAGUGGUGGGAGGAGGUAGAGGCAGCCGUGGAUAUGAUGACACCUGUGUAUGAUCUGCUGCGUCAGAUGGACAAGAGCGGCACUGCUCCCUAUCAGUUGUGGGGUUUCGAAGAGGCGUUGGUUAAGAAGAUGAGGAACAUUGCAGGCAUCACGGCGGAGCGGCAGGAAGCCAUCGCAAAGAAGCAUCAGAUUGGUGGAGCUGCCAUGGAAAGAGCCACGACAAGUUGCAGCUCCACUGCCACGCCUUGCGAACGCAACUGGUCUACAUUGGACUUGGUGCAUGAGAAGAGAAGGAACCAGCUGUCCAGUGAAACAAUAAACAAAUUGGUUUAUGUUCACUGGAACCUGCAACUGCUGAAGAUCAAGAAGAAGAAACAAGUGGGUUUCAUCGACAUGUGGGCAAACUUCUUCGAUGCAGAUGCACCGCCGCCUCUCGCAGAUCCAGACAUUGUCGCCGACGAUGGGGAGAUGUCCGCCGAGGAGGUGGCACGGCGACUUCGUUUGAGGAAGACGUCAUCUGCGAGGGUUCUAAAGGUGGGGAAGGUGGAUGAGUCCAGCGACACCGACAACAGCGACGAUGGGGAGGAUCUGGUUUGGAGGGGGAAAGGAAAGAAAAGGAAGGAUGUGGAAUGUUUGGAUGGUGCAUGCCAUGGAAAAGGGAAAGCGCAGGUGGAAGAAGUUGAUGAUGAUGGCGAUUCUCACGAGGAGGAUGAAGUAGAUGAAAUUGUUACGGCGGAGUUUGCGCUGCGCACACCCUCGGAGUCGGACGAGGACUCCGAUGAUGACCCCAGUGAAGAUGACAUGACAUUGAGGCAGGAUGCAGGUCAGAUGGAUAGUGACCUUCAGUUCUUGCUGCCUCGUACUUGUGACAGCCGCAAUGCCACGCAGACCGAGGACGAGGCUGCGAGAGCUCAUGCACAAGCUCUCGCAAAGAGAGAUCAUGCAAUCGUCAUGCAGCGCGUUGAGGAGGACGCAGCGAGGCGUGUGGCAAUUCCUCGUCGCAACGUGGAAAGAGGAGGAGAGGGAGUCGAUGUUGUUCCAGCAUUGACUGCAAGCGGGCCAUCGACAGCGGUUGGGGAAGCAACGGCGCGCUCCAUGCACCAGCAAGUAUGGAAGAAAUAGCAACAGCGGUGGCAGCAACAGCAAGUGCAGAGAUGACGGGAGAUGACUCCGAUCAGCAAGCGGAGAAUCUGCUCACCGAUCC